ACUACUGUGGAUAUCGUUCCUUUUCUUCGUCAAUAACCCUCUGAUACCAUGCCCUGAUGCCAUGCACCAUUCCUCAGCAUGGCGCAGACUCCAGGCCAGACGAGCAAGGUGACAUCUGCGUUGGAGCUGCACGGUUGGCUCAAAAUGGACGCGGUAUCGAGGCCCGAUCGCCCAUGAGAAUGAUCCCAUAGGCAGCCUUAGCCGCCAUCUGUUCAUUUCGUCCUGCGCAAUUUUUUACAAAGGUCGCACCGUCGCGCAAAAGCUGCUCACGUCACUAUCGUGGCAAUCGUCACCGGCCCGCUGUCGAACGAAACAACGGCACAUCGCUAGGGAGCCCCACCUCUCCGAACCCCUCCAUCGCGCUCCUACAAUCUUCACCACACCUACCAAGUACACACAUCAACAUCAUGGGCAAGCCUCCGAACCUAUACGCUUUUCAAAGCGCUGCUGAGCUCGCCCCGAGCCUGCGCACCUACGUUCUCGACGCCCAAAACGCUGCGCUCGAGCGCCACCAAGUUUUCCGUGUUGCCGUCUCCGGCGGCUCCCUGCCCAAGACGCUUGCGCAAGCGCUUCUCAAGGAAACCAAUGGCGAGGGAAAGGUACAAUUCGACAAGUGGGAGAUCUUCUACGCCGACGAGCGCGCCGUGCCCCUUGAUCAUGAGGAUAGCAACCACAGGCUGGUCAAGGAGGAGCUUCUCGACAAGAUACCGUCUGAGUUGGGAACGCCCAAGGUGUACCCAAUCGACGUCAAGUACCUCGAUGACGUACAAGAGCUGGCGGACCAGUACGAAAAGACGCUCGUCAGUGUCUUCGCUGCGCGCGAUAGCGUAAAGCUGCCACUAUUCGACCUGCUCCUGCUUGGCUGCGGACCGGACGGGCACACGUGCAGUCUGUUUCCCGGCUCUGAUCUCCUGCGCGAAUCCGAGGCGUGGGUACUUUCCAUCUCCGACUCUCCAAAGCCACCCCCGAAGCGCAUUACCAUCUCCCUUCCUGUCGCGCAACACGGACUUAAGAUUGGCUUUGUUGCAACUGGCGGGGGAAAGAAGGACAUCAUGCGUCAAAUUUUCGAUACCGACGAGGGUCAACAACUACCAUGCGGUCUGGUGAACCACAAGGGUGGAGACCGAGUUAGCUGGUUUGUCGACUAUGCUGCUAUCGAGGGUGUUUCUUUCCCAGCGCGCCGCGGUAGCUUGUGAGGACAUUGGAGAGAGUAGCAAUUCUGCCCUUCGAUCAUUUGCGCUUUCGUGUUGAAUGGAAUUACAAAGCCAUUUCUCCAAGUAUGCAUUGGGUCACUCACUCAGCUUAGAUACACUAGAUAACGAACUCUGACGACAUUCCUCUUUCCAUAUUGUGCCAGACUUGCUCUUGCCAUAUGUCAGGGUUCUAGCCAUAUGUGGUGUUAGCGCAAUGGUCCGCGCUCAUGGCGGGAAGUAAACACCCGAUGUUUUGUGUGUUUGUGCAUACCUAACAACACCAAACCAAGCUACCAACGCGCGUCUACAAUCGAGCCGCGACCUGCAUCAAAGAUGAACGCAAAGCCACGCUCGCAGAUAGGUAGGAUCGGCCAUGCGCCGGCACGAACCCGGGUAAGCCUAGCCUCCGUACUGUU